AUGCACAGACCUGUGUCGUUUGCAUUACUAUUCUUCAUCAUUCAUGUUUUCAAUAAAGCAACUCUCAGUCAAAUUCAACUGGAAACUUCCUCGAAAAGUAGAUUCAAUGAUGCAGACAAGAUUAAAAUCAAAGAUAUAGUUUCAAUCAAACUUAGCAUGUCUGUUGAAAGGAUGAAUACAAGUGAUUCGGAUAUUAUUAAUGAUGACAUCCCAUCACCAUCAAAAUUCAACUCAUUUCGUACACAGAUAUUGAAUGCCUUAAAACAUGUGGAGCCCAUAUUGAAAUCAGUUCAUGUAUCAUGUGAUAUCCUUAUGCCAAAAGCAUUCAAAACUCCAAAACCUAUUAGUAGUAUUCAAGUCUUAAUGAUGCUGUCAAGUAAGGAGAUGAGAAAGGCAUUCAAUUCUGCUGAAUGGUUCAGUAUGCUUAAAAAUACACUGUUAUCUGCUAAUGUAAUCGGAGUCAAUGACACAAGAUCAUAUCGGAGGUAUUUCUCUGUAUCCCGUUCGCUUACACCAAAGAAAGAUUUUGAUUUGUGCUCCCAGAUGAGAUUGCAUUUAUCACAAAAAUAUCAUGGAUUCGGUGAAUCAAUGGAACACUGUUUAUAUAAGCAUAAAGAAAGUCAAUUGAAGAUGAAGUUUUCAAAGCCUAAACUAUUCCUUCAAGAGAUGUUGGUCUCAAAAGCUACAGCCGAAAGAUUAAUUGACUAUGUCAUUGAAAUUUUCCGCAAGACUAAAAAGGUUUCGUUUAAGAAAAGAAAGAGUAUCUCCUUGUCCAGUCAGGUGUAA